CUUAUGGCAUCCAGCCUUUUGCUAGAUGUUGUGUGCUAUCAAGACUUUUACGUCUCAGAUACGAAAGCUCCAGGGCUCCUUGAAAAGAAAGCUGGUGGUAAAUCUGUCACCUGUCAACAACAAGAGACAGAAUGGUAUUUCAGAUAGCUCUUUCCUUGACAUCAAGAGGAUACGAGUGGGUGAUAAUCUUUCUUUGGGACAAGGCGGACAUCAUGUUAACAAUUGCCAAAGCCAGUCGAUGUCAGGAACCUUGCCUGUGGGGCAAGGAUCACAAAGAAAGAGCAGCAACCUAACAAAUAAUACUCAGGCUGGUGGAAAUGGCAUAUUUAAUAUGGCUUUAAAAGAGGUCAAGAAAGAACCAGGAGAAACCAUGUCUUGCAGCAAACACUUGGAUGGUCAGAUCCCCCAUGAGAACAUCUUUCCUAACAGAUAUGGGGAGGAAACAGGGGAACAGAUGAUGGAUCCUGAACUUCAGGAACUUUUUAAUGAACUGACUAAUAUCUCAGUGCCACCCAUGAGUGACCUUGAGCUAGAAAAUAUGAUCAAUGCUACCAUAAAACAAGAUGAGCCUUUUAACAUUGACCUUGGGCAGCAAAACCAGAGAGGCUCUGGUAGAGCCUCUCUGCAGAUGGAGAAAAUGGUGAUCAAGAGUGAAUAUUCACCAGGUUUGAAUCAGCCACCUGUAGGCUCCCCACAAAUGAGGCCUUCAUCUGCAGGCCCAUCCUUCACAAUGGCCAGCACUGCCAUGUCCACCUCAUCACCCAUUCCUUCAGUGCCUCAGAAUCAGAUGCAGCCGUCGCAGGUUUCUUCUGUCUCAACUCGACCAUUGACUAACUGGCAAGAAGUGUCUCAUGCACAGCAGCUCAAACAAAUAGCAGCCAACCGACAGCAGCAUGCUUUAAUGCAGCAGCAACAGCAGCAGCAAAACCAGUCAGCCAGCUGGUCUACCAUGUCUCCAUCAGGACCAUCCCCAGGGCCAUUUGUACAGGAGAAAAUUCCCAGCCCUUCCUUUCAUCAGCAGCAGUUCAGCCCACAAAAUUCAGCGAUGCUCGGGGUACCUGUAAAUGGAAAUCAGUCCAAAGGGAUGAAUAACUAUGUUUAUAAACCGAACUCCACACCUCAGAGCAACCCCAUUGACAUCAUAAUGCAACAGAAGCCUCAGGACCUCAACAGAAACUUUAUAAACAACAGUCAGCCACCACUAGAGCAGCAUCCUGGCAACACAAAGCCUUUGUUUCACUUUAACUCAGAGCAAGCAAACCAGCAGAUCCCUUCAGUUUUGGGUUCCCAAAGCAAGACUUCUAUUCUUCACUAUACGCAGCAACAGCAGCAACAGCAGCAGCAGCAACCUGCUCAGCCCCUUCCAAACCAGUCUCUUCAAAGGCCACCAAAUGUCCCCUUAGCAAUGCAGCAGAAGAUGAUGCUUCAGAAAAUGCAGCAGAGCCAGCAAAUCUCAGGACUGCAGUAUCCAGUCUCUCAACAGCACAGACAGGAUCAACACUCUGUGGUAGGCCAAGGUGCCGGCCCCAGUCCAAAUUCCAGUGCUUGUUCAAAUCCAAACACUGGAAGUGGUUACAUGAACUCAUCCCAGCAAUCAAUGUUGAAUCAGCAACUGAUGGAAAAGAAACAGGUUUUGCAGAGGCAGAUGAUGGAGCAAAAGCAGCUCCUCCUACAGCAACAGAUGUUGGCAGAACCGGAGAAAAUCAAUGCACAAGACCAAUUAAACAGACAUUUGACAAGGCCACCACCAGAUUAUAAAGACCAAAGAAGAAAUGUGGUCAACAUGCAACAGACCAACCAGUAUUCUGGUGGUUCACCAGCUGUAAGCAUGAACUCCAGUCUGUCUUUAUCAAACCCCAUUUCAACUCAUACCAUUUUGCCCCAAAAUUCUAGCCUUUUGCCACCUGGAACCAGGAUGCCUUCUAUUCCUGCAGCUCGGAGCAUGAGCUGUUAUGGAAACAUUCCUUGCAAUCAGCCCGGUGCGUACAGCAUAACUUCAGGAAUGAACCAAAUGCAACCACACAGAAACCAAAACCAAAUCAUAACAAGUCAAAACAACCCCAUGAUGUCUCGACCACAAACCCUGACACAAGGAAAUAAUGCAGCAGCUUUUGGGACUGGGUCAGUGGUCAGCUCUCAGCAGGUAAGACCAAGCUUAAGCCACGGAGCUACAAGUUUCCCAGCUCAAAGACCAUCAAGUGUUAUGAUCACUUCCAGCACUACAGCUCAAAACUGGGCCUCUCAAGAAGCCACAACAAAGCAGCAGGACACACUGAAACCUGCAGGGGUUCGUUUCCCCACAAGCACACCAUAUCCUAACCAGGCUCUGCAACGCUCCAUAGGCAACCAGCAUUUCUCCCCACGUGCGAUGGUGCCUCCUAACCAGCUAACAGCAGCAGUGCAAAUGAGACCACCUCUAAACCAAGCACACCAAACAUUAAAUGGACAAACUGCUGGAUCACUAAGAGGUCUAAGCGUGAGACCUAACCAGCUAAGAGGACAGACUGUGCCUAAUUUGAAUCAGCCAGGAGCAAGUAUGACCCCACCAUCAUCCCUGCCAUCCACCAGUUUUACAUCAACCAACCAAAACUCAAGGGCUUACCAAGGAAAUGAUCCUACUAGCGACUUAUCAUUUGACUUUCUUAACCAGCAAGGUGACAACAUAGGACCUGCACUCAAUAGUGAUUCAGACUUUAUAGAUUCUUUAUUGAAAACAGAGCCUGGCAAUGAUGACUGGAUGAAAGAUAUCAACCUUGAUGAAAUCUUGGGGAACCACUCAUAAGCAACAAUAUGAUGAUAAAACAUACAUGCUCAGAAGCAGCUGUUAACAAUAGUUUUCUUUUUAAAGGCCAACAAUCUGCCUUGCUUAUUUACACACUAGUAGUUGAGCUGUCUUUUAAAAUAAGGAAGCAAAUAGAGUGAUUGCUCUGUUUGAAGAGAUGGUCUGAGAACAAUAUCCAAUUCUAAAGCUUACCCCCGAGUAAAGUAUAAUGUAGGAUGAUAUUCAUACCUAACAACUCCUCCUGAGAGCACUCAAUCCCUGACAGAAUCAGGUCCUAUGUAAAUUUAACUGCUAAAAAAAUCUACCUAAUAGAAGCUUACUUCUUUCUU